ACAAGGAAAUUGCUAUAAAGGAGGCUCCCGGGCGACCAAAUUCGGUCGCACAUAUUCUCAGCUACCGAAGAAGCUUUGCGAGUUCCCUUUUCCCUCACCCAAGAUGCAGAUCUUCGUGAAAACCCUCACUGGCAAGACCAUCACCCUAGAGGUUGAAUCCUCCGACACCAUCGACAAUGUUAAGGCCAAGAUCCAAGACAAGGAGGGGAUCCCCCCCGACCAGCAGAGGCUCAUCUUCGCUGGUAAGCAGCUCGAAGACGGCCGCACCUUGGCCGACUAUAACAUUCAGAAGGAGUCCACCCUCCACCUCGUGCUCCGCCUACGUGGUGGUAUGCAGAUCUUUGUGAAGACUCUCACCGGCAAGACCAUCACCCUCGAGGUCGAGAGCUCGGACACGAUCGACAACGUUAAGGCCAAGAUCCAGGACAAGGAGGGCAUCCCUCCGGACCAACAGAGGCUGAUCUUCGCCGGCAAGCAGCUCGAGGAUGGCCGCACCUUGGCCGACUAUAACAUUCAGAAGGAGUCCACCCUCCACCUCGUGCUCCGCCUACGUGGUGGUAUGCAGAUCUUUGUGAAGACUCUCACCGGCAAGACCAUCACCCUCGAGGUCGAGAGCUCGGACACGAUCGACAACGUUAAGGCCAAGAUCCAGGACAAGGAGGGCAUCCCUCCGGACCAGCAGAGGCUCAUCUUUGCCGGCAAGCAGCUCGAGGAUGGCCGCACCUUGGCCGACUAUAACAUUCAGAAGGAGUCCACCCUUCAUCUGGUGCUGAGACUCAGGGGAGGUAUGCAGAUCUUCGUCAAGACCCUCACUGGAAAGACCAUCACCCUGGAGGUUGAGAGCUCUGACACGAUCGACAACGUUAAGGCAAAGAUCCAGGACAAGGAGGGUAUUCCACCGGACCAGCAGAGGCUUAUCUUUGCUGGCAAGCAGCUCGAGGACGGUCGCACCCUGGCCGAUUACAAUAUUCAGAAGGAGUCCACUCUUCACCUGGUGCUCCGCCUCCGUGGUGGCCAGUGAGCUAAUGCCCUGCUCAUCCGCCGCCGCUGCUGCAUUGUCCUGGAGUCUUAUGUGAUCCGUGUCUGUUGGUCUGCAUUUGGUUGGAGUCUGUUCCAAGUGUUCUUAUGUCGAUGUUCGACAUCAUGUCUCUGUGUUCGGUGUUUGUCGUCGGUUCAAUAAUAAACUGCUGUCACGAUAUGCGACGCCACUUAUGCUAAUAUGACAGGCUUCGAUGCUUUCAAUAA